AGUUGAGCGGGAGAAUAUAUUAUUACACGUGCGUUUUGUUUAAUUUGUUGUUGUGGAAGUUUUAUGAAGAAACUCCGGGAUUACUCACAGCACUCGUCUAAGUUGUACUGGAUAUAAGAGCACCUAUAAACACAACCCUGCGAAACAUUUAUCCUUUUUUUCCAUUGCUGUUGGAAAAGUGGAGCAUAGAAGGCCUGACUUGGUUACCCACGGCUGGAUUAUGAGUUCUGCAGGUUCAAGGAAGGUGGAGACCCCCACAGGCCUGAACUAGCCUCCACUCUCUUUUACAUUAUGGCCUCAGCCCAACCGUUCUGGGAUCAACACCAUGACCACGACACCAUGGAUAAGCUGUUUUUUGGAAUUGGUUCGGAGUCCAUGGACCACAGCUUGAGAAUGUAUCAGCAAAACUCUGCAAACGUGGGCUUUGAAAGAAAGACGUCUGGCUCCUGUUCUCCAUGUCUAUCUCCCAAGACUCCCAAUCCUACACAGCUGCAGUGCCACCCACCUGCAGGAGACCAGGUGGUUCCGUCCUUACAGAAACUGUCUGUUUAUGAACACAUACCCUCUUGUUCGCCCAAGAGAAGAACUAAGCCCCUUCCACCCCUCCCGGACAUAGGCGACCUCUCCUCUGAUGAAGCAGAAGAUGAUGAGGUGGAGUUUUUCUCCAGCACCUCUGAGAGCCAAUGUCUGGUGCCUAAAACCCCGUCCUUCCAGUACGGCUUGCCGGGGAGGCGCAGUUUUCGGGGAAACGGUCAGAUAAAUUUUGCGUAUCACGAAGGACCUCAAUGGGAGCACACAGUUACACAGAACCAAGACAGACCCCAGCGCCGGCUGCAUCGCUCCCAUUCUGGCCCUGCCGGAUCCUUCAAAGCCACCAACUUCAGACCGACCGGACUUCACCGUUCUCCCCACAGCCACCCACAGGAGAAACCCGAAGUCCCGCCUCGCGUCCCAAUCCGUCCUCGCUUCAGUGAAAGCAUGGACAGCAGGCGGCCAUCAACCGAUGACUUUGAUGCAGACAAACCCCCUAAAGUGCCGCCAAGGGAGCCCAUUCCUCAGGUCAUACCGCGUGCCAUUAGUCCAAAAAGUCUCCCGAUUUACGUCAAUGGGGUAAUGCCUCCUACUCAGAGCUUUGCUCCCUAUCCGGAGUACGUCAGUAAGGCUCAACACAAGCAGAGCUGUGAGGGCUUGCCAGCUCCCCGGAGCCCCUGUAUUCUGCCCAUCAUGGAAGAUGGGAAGAAAGUCAGCAGUACCCAUUACUUCCUCCUCCCUCAUCGGCCCGGGUACUUGGACAAGUUUGAGAGGUUUUUCAAAGAAUCUGACUCAUAGUGAUUAUUAGUGACUGAGUGGUUAGUUGUUUGCUUGUUUAAAGUGGAAAUAAGGAAGACUGGAUAUGAACUGAUAUGUUGUUUGACUGAACUGAUUCUUCAGUGUUACGAAUUACUGGUCUGUUUAAGGAUUGGAUAAGUAUGCAUUUGGACUACACACAAAGAAAAACAAAAAUAAUUGGUUUACCCCUGCUGGAAACUACAGAACAGCUCUGAAAGUGUCCUUUGUUGGAAGGGAUGCACGAUUAAUCAAAAUGAAACUGAAGGUGGGGUUUGACUUGAACAAAAGAUUUUACAGUCUCCCUGUGGUUUUCUGCCAAAAUAAAAUAUAUGGUAGAUGGUUUAACAGUUGAAAAGAAGAAAUUAAGACAUUUAAAUUAAGCCAUAAAAAUUAGUAUUGUAAUUUUAGUUGUUCUGUAAAAUAAGACUAUUAGUAAUAAAUACAUUAUACUUUACAGUGAGCUAUUAUAAUAGCAAUAUUUCUUGUUUUGCUUGUAUUAUUAUUAUAGUCAUAUUGAUAAGCACAGCAAACCUGGAGCUUUUUUUUAAAUUGUAUUUUUAAUUACAAUUGGGUUGUUUCCCCCGAAUUGUGCCACCCUGUUUAUUGAUGUCCAUGUUCUUUGUUGUACUAUUUCCUUGCUGUGUUGUUAAAUUAGAGUGUGCAGUAUCCUUUAAUGAAGGAAUAGGAUUAACUGUUACACUGUUAACACUGUGUAACCAGAGUAUAAGCUGGUCUGUAACAUGGAAUGGUAGUUUUUUUCCUAUUAAGACAUUAUACACCAACAGUAUAGAUUCAUAUAUUGCUAAAAAAUGACAAGACUAGUAUUAGUAAUAGCACUCGCCUGAAUUACAGAUAAUUAAGAGCUGCCAACUUUUAUUGGUCGAGGACUAUGCCAUGUGAUUUACACCUGUGAGAAGAAGCGUGAUGAUCAAAAAGACUUGGUACUAAUAUAGUGGCAUAAAUGGAAAGGUCUGGGCACGGGUUAGUAUUCUAGCUUUCAUGUGAAGAAUGCAUUUUGCUUUCUUUUUUGGCCAUUCAGAUGUGACAUAAAUGCAUUUAUCAUUUGAUUUUUAAAGAAUGACACUUAUGGUUGCAUUUUGCUAAGUGAAAACGGAUUCAUUUGUGUUUAAGUCUUUUUUCUUUGGUCACAUCUGUUACAAGGGCAGAAAUGCCACUGCCUUGCUGUUUGGUGUCCAAAUGCAGGACACUUGGUGUAAAUGGCUAGGUUUUU